GAAGCAGCCAAGCUUUGUUAUCCAAAUCCUUGUCACAGCAUUAAAUGGCAGCCACAUACUUCCACCAACAUGUGCCCAAAAAAUGAGAACCCCUUCAUACAUCUCUCUUCACCAUCACACACUGGCAUAGAUCUCUAGCACCCGAAAAAAAAAUGCAAGUGACUGCCCACUACUCUCUUCCAAAGCCUCUAUGCUGCUCAGCAUCUCUGUCUCCUUUCUUUAUUAAUUCUAAAACUUCUCUUCUCCCCUCUCAUUCUCUUAGUUUUAUUUACUGUAAGAGCCUCUCCACACAGCUAUAUGGUCUUAGAAUCAAAGCUAGGCAGCGGAGGAAGGUUUCUCCUGUAUUUGCCUCAACAGAGAAUAAUGCAGAAAGAUGGCUUCUUGAACCUAUAGGUGACGGAGACACUAGGCACAUAGGAUUUAAAGUUGCAAGGCCAGGUGCAUACGAAAUAGCUUCUAGUGUGGUGACUGUUGGGCGUCUUCCAGAUAAAGCCGACUUGGUAAUUCCAGUUGCAACAGUAUCCGGUUUGCAUGCCCGCAUUCAGAAGAAAGAGGGGGGCCUUUUAGUAACAGACUUGGACAGCACAAAUGGAACAUUUAUUGAUGACAAGAAGCUCAGCCCGGGUGUUGCUGCCCCUGUAUCACCAGGAAGUUGUAUUACAUUUGGUAACAUGACUCUUCUUCUUCCUAUUUAUGCCCUUAAUUUUUUGUCAUUUGAGGUGAAUAAGAUUGAAAGACCUGAAUCUGAGUCUAAACUCCGCUCUGUAAUGAAUGCGUUUUUAGUUCUAUUUUCUUGGCAUAUCAGUAGUAUGAAAGAGCCAGAAACAUCAACUUCCACUUUAGUGAUAAACUUGAACCUAUGAGGCAAACAUCACAAGUCAGAGAGAACAUUUCAGCCUCAGAAAAGUUAACCAAAGGCUUGGGAAGAUUGAAUAAACGAUCGCAUCAAAUGCAUCCCUAUUUGUUUUCAUUACACACAGGUUUGGCAAAACUCCCAAUAUUGAAUGUUCCUGAUAAAAACAGCACUUCGAUAUUGCAUCUUCAUUCCCCACCACCUCCACAUAAUCCUUCAUCCAAUCCUUUUAUUUGUCAUAAAUCAGAAUGGAUGCCUCCAUGAACAAGGCAUCUCCAUACCAAAUGACUUUCAGUAAUUUUGCCUGUGCACCUUAACACACUUUGAACCCAUAACCAACAUAACCCCCAACAAGCCUGUUUAGAGUGCAAUUAUCAAAUAUCCCUAAACCUCAAACAGGAUAACACUUUUUCUUGAGUGGUGGCAUCAGGGUUUAGCUUGUGAUGAAUUGAAUAUAAGCUCUAAAUGCUACUUGGCUGAGUACAACCAUGUCUUAGGAACCAAACGUCCCAGCUUUGGCCCUAGUCAAGCUUCUCAUAUCACUAAGUGGCUUGAGGAAGUUGCAUAAGAAUGUGAACCUUUUCUUGUCACAGUUCAAUCCAUAUUAAAGUGAACAUCACUUGUACGCAAUUUCCUUACCCAAUCUCUUUGUACAUGGUCAGUGUUUUAACACACUCUUUUACGUUUAGGAACGAUCCCUCCUCUUUAAUGGAUUCGCUAGCUUCUUUUUAAUGACAGGAAGUCAAAUAUUUAAAUACAUGGCAUCUAACACAGUCCUUCACAAGCACAUGGUUUGUUGUGGCAUCUGUAGUGCUCAAUUGACAUACUGAAUAUCAGGCCACAUGGUGGAAAGAAAGUUAAAAAUUCAGUUAUUUUCAGCAUGGCCUGUCAUUACCCUAAAUAAAGUGAAUAUUUUGUCAAUGGUGUGAAGAGCCUCCUUUCUUGUAAAACUACAUUUCCUUGUAUCUCUACAAAUCUUUAAAGUCACGAGGGGAAAAAGUUAUAAGAUUGAGAUUGAUUGGUAAAAAUUACAAGGGAUAAGUAAAGAUGCAAGGAAGGGUAUAGGGCAUCCCGUGAAGCAUGGCUUAUGGUUCAGGGUGAAGAUAAUAGGACUAAGAAAUGAUUCUCUCUCAUGCGGGGAUGUAAGUAAUAUUAGUUGAACCAUGUUAAAACCCCAUCCAUAUCUCUCUCUGCAUGGGUUUGCUUGAAUGUCUAUGUUAUUGUACCAACAAGUAGCAUUGACCAAAAGCUUACUAUGUGACCAAAAACUUGUUUUAUUUUUGUGUUCAUUAUCAAUUUUGCUGAUCAAAUAGGUGUUUUGAACAGGAUUUGUAAUAAACCUCCAAAACUCAACUAUAAUUCACUCUCUAUGAAUUUCUAGACGUCCAUCUUUAUUGACUGAAGUGAGGUUUGUUUGGUUGCCAGGGGAUAUUCAUCUGGCAAUAUUCCGCGUUUCAAAACUUGAGAAUGCAGAAGUUACAAAGGAAUCAGAAGACUCUCCAGUUAAACCAGAGGCUGACAGUCCAACUGAAGGCUAAAAUUGCAGAAUAUGUCUCCAAGGAAUCAGAGUCUAUCUUGAGUAGACGCGAUUUUCCAAUACUGAAAUUUGUAGUCAUUCUUUUCUUGAUUUUGGAGAGGGGAUUCUAUGUUAUGUUUCUAAGGUUUUUUGGCUAUAAAUGUUGACUACAUAACUGAAAAAAAAAUAAAAGAAUUAAAAACGUAGCAUACAAUUCUUUCU